CACAGAAGACCACUGAAUGUACUCUGAGAGUGUACUGACAUGAUGCCAUUUCCAGCUUCCGUUUCAUGUUUGCAGUUUGUUGUCAACUGAGAUAGAUUUUUUACUUCUCUCAGACUUCAUCGUUUUGACUGUUCUUAUCUGGACUCUCAUCUUUUACCAAAAUUAAUGGUCUUGUGAGCAUGCUGUCGUUACGAUAGUUACACAGCAACCACGAAGCUUUGUUGUCAAGAGAAGUUGUGUGUACUGACCGCUGAGACAAAAUGUUUGCUGGCUUUUGGCCAUCGACUUGUAAUGUUGAGGAGCAGAUUGGUUGAAAUGUUCUAUCCUCAACAUCCUGGAGCUGACAUACCUGUGCGGAAAUGAACAUCACUAGUAACAGGAGGAGAUCUGCAACUGCGGAUGGAGCUCUUGAAAAUGGGCAUGCUGAGCCGAUUUCGGCGGUGCACUCGCUUGCGAAGCACAACUCUGGAGAAAACAUUCCUAGGGAUUCACGGAGCUCCAAAAUUGCUAAAAUAACAGCUUUGUUUGAGACAAAGGCAUCGACUGAAGAUGGGGAACUUGCUGCACAGAAGAAGCAAAAGCCGACCCGAAAACCGGCACGCGGAAUUAUGCAGCACCUUCUCAUGUUUGAACAGAACACGGAAUCUGGAGACCAGCUGGAUGAUUUGUUGAAGACACCAGCUCAGAGUAAAAGUACACAAUCCAACAUAGACUGUAGUGACACUACUCGCCGUGAGUCCCAAGAUUGGGAUACUGAUGACGGAACGAAUGAGGGACUCCCUGCUAGUGCAUCACUUGAUGAUGGACUCUUAGCAGAAAGUUGUUCACGUCGAGUCGCCUUGGACCCAAUUGAGGAGCAGGAAAAGCAGAAGUCUUCGCGGGUUGCAUCCUUCAAGCGCAAGGUAUCAUCCAAGAGGAAAGAUAAGCAGGCUAAGCAGGAGCAGGAGUCUAAAACAACGAUUUCUUUAGCACUGAAAAGCCUUCACCAUGCUCCCCAGCCGCAGUCUGGCAAGAAUGCAGUUUUAUAUGGCAGUAAACAAGCCAAAUGUGACCAAGCAUUCAAACCCAGCAAGUCGGUCUGCAUAGCUAAUAACACCACUACAACAAUGCAUAUGGAUAGAAAAGCAGCAUCGGCUCCACCGCCAUCAUCUCGUCAACCAGUUGUUCCUCAAUCGUCAACAUCUUGCAGUUCCGCUUCGAAUCAGCAACAUGAGCAAGAUGAGUAUAGUGACUUGGCAGUUAUGCGGAGCAUGACUUCAGAAAGAAGUAACUCGAUCGCUAGCAUUUUAUCAGAUGAUGAAGCGCCGGUACCAUUUCGAAAACGUUUGAGUAACGUUGUGUCAACCUGUAGCCGUGAUUCCGUUUCAUCACUUUGUAUAUCAUCUUCUUCUCCUCCUCCUCUGGCUGAAACCUGCUAUAUUCUUCAGAGGUCGCUUGAUGUAGCUACCAGUGUUACCAGGGUUACCAGUGUGACUAGUGUGACUGGUGAUGGGUGUGGAUCAAGCAGUUCGCAGACCAACAUACCCACAUCGCCAGUGUUGCGUGCUGCACAACAGGCUGAUGACAGUGCCACGUGUAGUACUGAUGGGCAGACAUUGCAACAGUGCCAAAUACCAGCAUCAGCCAAUUGCUCAGAUAGCGAAUCAAGUCCUAAAAGCACCGGGGGUAUUGUGAAAUCCGAGCCUCGUCUUUCAUCGGAUCAGCAGCAGCCUUCUGACAUGCAGCAGCAGCAGGAGGAGGAGCAGAAGCCUGUCUUGGUUGCAACGAUGAGUAAUAGCGGGGCCGGUGUAGCUGGUGCUGGUCUAGCCGGUGCUGGUUUAGCCAGUGCUGGUCUAGCCAGUGCUGGUGCCUCAGAAACUCACACAACAGGCAGCAGCGGUAUGGCUAUGUCACCGAGCAGUUCUCUCAGCUCGGUUGGCAGUGAUAUCUUGCAGGUGAGUGCAGCAUGCUCUGCUGCCUCAUUCUGGAAUGGAAAGGUGGUUUCACUAAGUGAUGCCUUGCCAGUCGCCUGUUUAUCCAGCACGAUCACUAGCUCCGCUGCUGCCAUUUCUGCCCCUACCGCUACAAAUACUAGCUCCACUGCUGCUGUUUCUGCCCCUACCGCUACAAGUACUAGCUCUACUGCUAGUCCCACUACUGCCACCUCUGCAGCUGCAACUGCAAGCAGCAGUAACACUGCAAGCAUUGCUUCGGCUUCCUUCUUGGAUAGCUGUGCUGUGCAGUCAUUGCCUCUAUCUGAUACAUCCUCUUCAGAACCGGUUGCGGAUAUGGUUGACCGAGUUGUUCCAACUCAAGACGUAGGAGCAGCAGCAGCAGCAGCAGAAACGGGGUCCUCGCCUCCGCCUGUACCGACGAGUGCUGACUCAUCACAGCAGCCUCCUAUUGUUCUACAUCGUGCUUGCACUGUUGCUGGCGAGGCGCCGACUGGCCUGCCGUUAGCCAUGGUACUAGAUGAGGACUCUAACCGUCAACACGGCUUACCAGUGUGUACAUGUCCGAAGCUGACUGCUAUAGCUAGUAACUGUCCUGUCCAUAGUGGGCGGCGCUUGUCCUCGCCAUCAGAUCCUGCUGUUGCAAUGGAUGCUGCGUUUGAUGCGCCACCUGUCAUUAUACACCACCGUCGUCGCUCUUCUCUACUUAGUGAUACAGAUAAUGACUCUGUCCUCUCAAUACCCAUGCGCCGCCAUUCAGGAUCUGACACAGCUACUGCAGGUACAUCUAGGCUGGAUGCGAAUGGGUAUGAAUCUGGCUCAUCUUGGGAUACAGACGAAGACUGUAACAAGAGGUCUCCAUUCAACCCAAGUUAUGCAUCGGAUACUGAUGAAGAGUGCAACAAGGCAGCCAUUGACGACCCCGUUUUCAUUAAUCACUCGGAUAUCAGUGUUUCUGCCUCGCCAGCUGAUAUGGCUGCUGCUACUGCUACUAACUCUACUUCACUAGAUAGAAAGCGGAGCAGUGAGGACGCAGCACCUAGUCGCCGGCUUUCUAAACAGCUCAAGAUGCAGAGUCCUGUUGAUGAGGACUACGACAUUGAUAAUGAUGAUGAUGCCGUCUUCACGGUGGCGCCAGUGGCAGCAGCAUCACUACCUGCUUAUGAGUUUACUACUAAACAUAGACGGGAAAGUGUCCAGUCCCAGCCACCAUCAGAUAUAUCCCCAAUGGCCUCAACGACUACUGCUACUGUUUUGAAAUUGAAGUCUACAGCUCGGCAACACCAGUCUUUGGUUGGCUUUAGCCUGGAUCAGGUGACAGAUACGCUACCCUCUAUGCGUACGGUCGGUGCAGCUAGUGAUAAUGCUGCUGAGAAGACUGUUGAAGAUGACAACGAUCAGGUUGAUCGUCAUCUUCCACUAACCAACUCUAGCUCGGCUAGUGGGGUUGGCUUGAUGCGUCUCCGCUUUAGAUCCUUAAAAAACUUCAACAAGGCGGCUAGCCAUGAAAGCGACGGUGAUGGCAGAGGUUCUCAAGACCCCUCUCCAACAAGCACUGACAAACACCGCAGACAGGCCAAGUCGCAGAAAGUCAAGGCUUCCAGCCGGUCCUCACUCGCUUCUUUGAAGACGAAUGAGUCUAACGAUGAAAAAGCGCAUCGAUCAACGUCCGUGAGAGCCAGGAUACUGCGCAUACGGAGCAGCAAGAAGAAAAGUCCUCCAAAGAUACAGCCUACAGCAAGUGAACCCACAGUAUCAGCUGUCAAUGGAGAUGCCGGGGAUGAACCAGCUGCAGCAGCGGACGCUGACAGCACAGCUGGGCACGUCUUGUCUGUAGGAAAGCACAAGAACUUGAAUGCUCGGCAUUCCGACCCCGGAGGACCAUUUGAGGCGAGCCCCGGCUCCCCCAGCACACCGGCACUCUCUUUGCUGAGCCUGGGCAAAAGCAUUCUCAAGUCCACCUCGUCACUGAUUAGUCUUGCAACUGGCGGUUCGCAGACUCCAGCUGCCGCCUCCACAAACAGCUCUAGUACGGGAGAGAAUAUCAAUGCCAGUAUCGUGGCCAGCACCCCAGCGACCGAUAGUGAACGUAGUACAGCUGCUGCUGCUGCUGCUGCUGCUGAAGGAGAUACUGCCAGUAGACGCUUUGGUGGUGUCUAUACGGGUGACCAAGGUGCCGAAAGUGAUUAUGACGGGAACAAGGUUUCUCCGACAGAUUGCGACCACCGUGGAUCUAAUCCACAGCCCUCAUCAGCUAAGCGUAGUAGUGAUGGUGAUGGUAAGCUAGCCCAUGGAAUAGCUUCAACUUCUUCCCUCGCUUCAGUGUCAUCAUGUGCCGGUGUUGGUGCAGCUCGAGGAGCAUAUUCUGCCAGUGAUGAUGAUCUGCUAUCCGGAUGUACAUCUUCACAAACGUCCCAACACAGCAUGAUUGGUACGGUUGGAAAGAAACCAUCCAGCAUCACGUGUCCGUCUACACCACCAAAGGCAAUGCAGCAGAGGUAUUCCAGAACCUCUUGCUCUAGUUUGGAUUCCCCAGUAAAGGUAGUGCCUGGCACUGGCAGCAAUGCAAGUAACAGAAAUGACCGAAUCAGUACUAGCAGUGCUGGCCAUUUUCUGACAUUCCGGAGAACAUCACGAGAUACAGUGAUAACUGUUCCUAAGCUGUUUAUGGGCGAUGUCAACCUAACUCUAACAUCUGAGUCUGCUGAUGAUGGCGAUGAUAGCUCUUAUCUUACAGACAGCGGCAGCUGCCCAACUAUUAACAUUAGACCAUCUAGUCCAGUGCCAGCUGCACCACCAUCAGCAGCAGCAGCAGCAGCCUCAGCUCCAGCUAAUGAGUCCAAUGUCAAUGCUACUCGAGCAGCAAGUCAUUGUCAUACAACAGCAGCAGCAGCUAAAACCGAAUCUUCCAGUUCACGAGAGGACCCUGCUGGUAUAAUUGAUGAAAAUUCAUCAUUGCCUUCUUUGCGUCGUGCCGUGGACGAUAUCACUGACGAUACACACGAAAAUACCCAAGUGCCGACACAUCCUAUCGUAUCAAUCAUCUCGGCGUCACCGAAUUCCAUAGCUCCAAUUGACAGUGACGGUAAUAACAUAGUGGUUGAGAGAGAGCUGGAUGAUGACGGUGUAUCUGUUACAUCCACUUGCGCUGCAUGGGACCUACAGCAACAACAACAAGUGUUGGAUGGUGGUGUUGCUGGCCGGUGUCCCAGGCAAGGUUUACGUGACAUACCAGCGUUCUCCGGACAGUCUCAAUGUGUGACUAGACACCACGCCAACACAGGCGACUGCACUUCUCCAACCGUCGAUACUGCUGCUGCUAGUGGUGCGCAUGGUGUUUGCGGUGUUAGCGGUGCCAAAAGCACCAGUACUACUGCUAAGAAUGCUGUACGCAAGUUGCUGAACCAGUCACUCAGAAGAUCAUUCUCUGACCCUUCAUUUCAACCAGGUUUAUUAGGUGUCUUGAAAGGUGUGGCAAGCGAAGGCCUUUCAACACAAGCACAGUCUACGUAUCCUGAUGAUGCUGGAGACUGCGGUCAACCACGCAAGCGCCGUGCUUCAAUUUCUACUGCUUUCAUUCGCCGCCGGUCUCUUACUUGGGGCAAAUGCUUGCUAGAGGGACAGAAGUCUGGCGGUCGAAAACCCAGACCAGAUUUAGCAGCCGAUGGAGACUCCAGUAAGCCUACUGCUGCCGCUGCUGCGGCUACGAAACCUGAGACACGUCGACAAUCGCAUCACGUUGCAUCAGGCAUUGCUGAUAUGUGCUCUGCCAUGGUGAACAAAGCUAUGCCUGGCAGGUCGCAGCGCGCUGCAUCUGUAGCCACCACAACAGCUAUUGAUAUGGAUACCCUCAAAGUCUCUUCGGGAACGAAUUCAGAGCUUAUGGAACAUCUGCGUCCUCUUUCUCCCGGACAGCAGGUGUUUGCAGAUGCUCUUUGGGACUAUGUUGGUGAGAGCGAGCUAGAACUCAGUUUCAAAGCAGGUGAAUUACUUGAGAUAAUGGAUUCCUCCAACGAGGUGUGGUGGUGGGCUAGUGAUGACAGUGGUUCAACGGGAUAUGUUCCUUCCAAUCAUUUACACGUGCGGACCAUCCAGAAUGAAAUAGCUGACGUAGUAGAUGAAAGCAGUGCAGAAAAUGUGAAUGCUGAAGCACCAUCCACAUGUGAUUCUCCGCAAGCUUCAACUCCUAAAAAGAGUCGCAAGCUAUCUCCAGAAGAAAUGCGAGCACGUGUGGUUGCAGAGAUUGUUCAAACGGAGAAGGGUUACAACAGUCAUUUACAAGACAUUGUGGAGGGCUACCAAAAACGAACACGAGAACGCGUAGAACUGUUCGACGAAGAUCAGAUCAUCAUCAUCUUCAGCAAUGUAGCAGAUCUACUCACCUUCCAGAGUAAAUUCCUUGUGGAACUGUGUGCAGCUGCAGCAGAGCAGAAAGACGGUGUCAGCUGUAUUGGCCAUGUCUUUGCUGACAAUCAGCAAGGCUUCAACAUUUAUUCCGAGUAUUGCAACAACCAUCCAUAUGCUGUUGAAGAGAUGAGUUCACUACAGGAGGAUCCUGCAUACAAAUUCUUCUUUGAGGCAUGUCGUCUGAUUCGUGAGAUGGCUGAAAUCUCCCUAGAAGGAUUCUUGCUCACACCAGUGCAAAAGAUCUGCAAAUACCCUUUGCAGUUAUCUGAGUUACUGAAGUACACACCUGAAGGCCAUCCCGACCAUGAGAAUGUCAAGGCUGCUCAAGUUGCAAUGAAGAAAGUUGCGUUACUCAUCAAUGAUCGCAAGGCUCGCGUUGAGAAGAUGGAGAAACUUGCUCGCUGGCAGUCUGACGUCUUGGACUGGGAUGGACCCGAUGUGCUAACAGACAGUACUAUGGUAGUCUAUGAUGGAGUUGUGAACCGAAUCACUAAAGGUCCAAGUCAGCCACGUCAUCUCUUCCUCCUGGACAACCAGCUCAUUUGGUGUAAAAAGGAUACAAUCAGCAGACGUUUACACUUCCGACGAAGACUUCCCCUGGAAGACUGCUCUAUCAUGCUGGUUGAUGAUAACGAAGGUGUGAAGCACGCAUGGAAGAUCAGCUAUACAGACGCCACAAGGACGAAAUGGUACGUGUUACAAUGUCGGUCUGAUACUGAAAGAGACGAGUGGAUGAAUGCUUUCCAGCGCGAGAGAGAACAAGCACAUCUUGAUCAAUACGAUGCAGAUAUGAACUCAUACCUGUCACACGCCCGACGAGCUGUUCAGAUCUCUCUCAAAUUGGGCUUGGAGGGAAAUAGCAAGGAGCGCUCUUGGGACCGAAGCAGAAUGGCAACGGUCAAGAAAGGUCCUUCUAAAGCACCGCCAACAGCUGCAGCUGGUGGUGCUGGUGGUGGCCGUCUUCGUCCGCGCAAACCUUCGUCUGUAAACUUGCGAGCAUCUUCAUCUUCAUCUUCAACGUCUACAAAGAGGACUGGCAGCUUCAUGAGGAAAGGCUCGUAAUGCCAGCUCGAUGGGAGCAAGUCCAAUCUGUCAAGCUGCAGUCAAACAGUGGCACAUGCCACUUGUAGCUGCUGAUGACCAUGCAAGGCUUCUGAACACAAUGUGAGUGUGUCUGCUCGCACACUGAUACCAUCAUCCGUGCACUGUACUGUGCUGGACUGUUCUGCACUGGACUGUGUGUACGACUGUAGAAGAAUACCUACAAAUUCAACCCAGCUGCUAUCCAUCAUCAACCAUGUAUAGGUGUGAUCUCUCAGACUAGCUCUGUUGCACACCACACAACAUCCUGUCAGCAUUGCUGCUAUUCAGCAGGACCAAUGAUCAACAUCAUCAGUCGCAGUAUGGGCUUAGCCUAUGUCCCUGCACCGCGCCAUGCCGUGGAGUGUACUGCUAUGCUUAGUCACUAUCUUGUGCAGACAUACGUAUCAAGCACAGGUGCAGACUGAACAGACACGGUAUGUACAAACACGGCGUGUACAGACACGAGAGGUACAGACGCAGAGUGUACAGACACAGAAUGUACAGGCGCAGGAUGUACUUAUGGAGUAUACAUACACACCUGCCGAGUGUACAGACACGGCGGUAUGCACCGUUAUGAUGUACAUGAUAAGAGUGUACCUGUGGUAUAGGUACCUAUACUGGCACGCACAGCCAUGGCCACCACUACCACUAGCCCAGAAGACCAGGACUAGACUGGCCAGCACUGUUCCGUCGUGUCAAGCAGCCCGGUGGCCCGUGUGCCAUCUAGUCACACAUGACUCACCCCAAACCUGUCGAAUAUGUUUUUCCUGAUCAGGACAAAUGCUAGCUCCAUAGCUGAUCGUUGUGCCAAAGAGGGGUACACAUCUCUGAUACAUGGUGCCAUGAUGCUUUCUAGAAAAUCAUGUAAAUAUAUUUUCUUCCUCUCCCUCCACCUUAUCUGCUGUGUUUAUCCCUCUACCAAUGCCAUACUAUUGUUUAGUCGCAUUUUUUGAAAACAAACUUACCUUCUUGCUAAUCUUUCCCUUCAUAAGAACGCUGCCAUCAUCUAUUUAUUUUCUGAUGUUUUAAAGUUUAUACCAUACGUACCAAUGCCAUACUUGAUCUUGCACACAAAGUGGCCUGUGAGUAUUUUCUGUUCUGUCUGCUGUUUCUGUGAGCAGCCUCAAUCCCAUAAUAUAUUUAUUUUUCAACCAUUUCCCCUGCUUUCACUAUGCUGAGACUUGGGCACAGGAUUUCAUUGUACUAUUAGGUAUAUUGAUGGAUGCUGCCAGAGAGUU